CUUCAUGAAUCAUAACAUGACAGCCAAUCAGAAUUAUGCCUACCGGAGAAGGCUAAUUAGAUAAUUGGAUUUAAUUUGUUUUCCGACGUGCACAGAAAGGGGCAAAAAAAACAAACCUGGUGUCGUUUUAUAGUCCCCGGGGCCUUUUCUGAAAGAUAUCGGGGGUAUCCUGCGGAUAAAAAAGACAGCCAUCAGACCUCCCUGUCAGGACUGGAAGGGACUUUUUGAGGAGGAGAUUGGAAGAUUACAUCUACUGUGGUGGGGAGGCAGGUAGCGGCAAGCAUCUUCUAUUCAUUUUGUACUAAGCAAAUCUUGGUGGUGGUGGUGGUGGGGGGAGUACGGGGUUGGGAAUGAUGUGCUUCUCCAACAAGAUGGAAUCCUAGUGCAGCUGCACAGACAAAUGGCUCUGAGAGAAAAACAAGAGGACAGUGGCAGAGAGAAGGAUGGAGGGGAAGGCGAACUGUGAGAGGUUCCCUGCACUGCUGUGUGACUAGAAACCAUAAUUACAUCACAAAGGAGAAAUUAUUUCACUCGGAAAACAGAGCUGCCAGGGGGGGUGGGCUGGAAGCAGCACAUAUACACACAGUGACUGUGAGUCCAGAGUGGGGAGGGGGAGUAUCGCCUGCAGCUUGCAGGGCAGCAGGAGAACAGACCCAUCCACCACAAGUGAGACAUUUCUUCGCCUUGUUAGCCUGGUCACUGGCAGCUCCAGGAUGCAACGCAUGGGACAUCUUCUUACCCUGAGUCCAUCCACCUCUAGACGGGUGCAGAGCUCAGCGGUGGCCAGGGUAUCUGCAUCUCCCCGCCAUGGGCCCUGCAGCUGCUAAGAAGAGAUUUGUGCCUCCUCAUCUGCAGCAUUAUUUCUUCUGACUCCGAAGAAUUAAGGACAAGACGCAAUAUUUUGUUCAUCCACAUUCAUUCUUAAAGCCUGAGUAUUUUUUUUUUUUAUAAUUAUUAUUUUUUUUUUUACUGAAUUUUCUUUUUAUUUUCUCUGGAGCCAAAAAGGGGGGAGUUUUGGUCGUGAUUAAAUCCCCUCAGAGAUGCAGGAGGGAGGAGGUGGAGGAGGAGGCGAGAGGAGCAUUUCAAAGGAUGUGAGCCAGACCUGGAGAUGGAGAUUAUAUCUGCAUGGUUACCUUUAUGGAGAUAGACCAAUCAACUGUUAUUGAACUGACCAGGGUGUUUAACUAUACCAAGCUUCGAGGACUGACGUGUGCAUUGAAUAUUGACAGGGAUGUAGAACCAGCGCACCAGACAUUCAUGGCAUUUGUAACUAAGAUGAUAAACCUGGGAGAAAAGUAUUGAACUAUGAAAAUAGAAGAUGGUCACCAACCAUUGCACCAACAGGAUGCUUGGUUUGAAGAUUUUUAGAAUGAUUUUGAAGCAAGUUUUACUUAUCUCAUGGGUCUCAUCCCUGGCCCUGGGAGGAACAUCUCCAACCUCUUGUCCUGCUGCCUGUUCUUGCAGCAAUCAGGCCAGUCGGGUUGCAUGUACACGAAAAGAACUGGUAGAAGUGCCAGAAAGCAUCUCAGUCAAUACGCGAUACCUGAACCUUCAGGAGAACAUUAUUCAGGUUAUCAAAACAGACACUUUUAAGCACCUUCGACAUUUGGAAAUACUACAGCUCAGCAAAAAUCUUAUUCGGAAGAUUGAGGUUGGUGCUUUUAAUGGACUCCCAAACUUGAGCACAUUGGAGCUUUUUGAUAAUCGCUUGACCACUGUUCCCACUCAAGCCUUUGAAUAUCUAUCCAAGCUAAGGGAGCUGUGGCUAAGAAAUAAUCCUAUUGAAAGUAUCCCAUCAUAUGCUUUCAACAGAGUUCCUUCUUUAAGACGACUUGAUUUGGGAGAAUUGAAGAAGUUGGAGUAUAUUUCUGAAGCUGCUUUUGAGGGUCUUGUAAACUUAAGAUAUCUAAAUCUGGGCAUGUGCAAUUUAAAAGAUAUACCCAACUUAACAGCAUUGGUCAGAUUGGAAGAAUUAGAAUUGUCUGGAAAUCGUCUAGAGAUGAUUCGCCCUGGUUCCUUUCAGGGGCUGACAAGCCUGAGAAAGUUAUGGCUGAUGCAUGCUCAUAUUGCAACCAUAGAACGCAAUGCCUUUGAUGAUUUGAAAUCUUUAGAGGAACUUAAUCUUUCUCACAACAAUUUAAUGUCUCUUCCCCAUGAUCUUUUUACUCCUCUUCACCGCCUGGAGCGAGUACACCUUAACCAUAAUCCUUGGCAUUGCAACUGUGACGUUUUGUGGUUAAGCUGGUGGUUAAAAGAGACCGUACCGAACAAUACAACCUGUUGUGCACGUUGUCAUUCCCCACCGAACUUAAAGACUAGAUACAUAGGAGAACUAGAUCAGAGUCACUUCACGUGCUAUGCCCCAGUAAUAGUGGAACCUCCCACUGACCUCAAUGUAACUGAGGGCAUGGCUGCUGAGCUCAAAUGCAGAACUGGCACAUCAAUGACAUCUGUCAACUGGUUAACGCCAAAUGGGACACUGAUGACUCAUGGUUCCUAUAGAGUACGUAUCUCUGUUUUACAUGACGGCACACUGAAUUUUACAAAUGUUACGGUACAGGACACAGGACAAUACACAUGUAUGGUCACAAAUUCAGCAGGAAAUACAACAGCCUCUGCCACUCUUAAUGUUUCCGCUGCAGCUGAUCCCUCGACCACUGACUAUACUUACUUUACAACGGUUACAGUGGAAACUAUGGAUUCCUCCUCCGAGGAAAUUAAACCUACUGAAAAAGAACCCGGUCCAACAACGACAGUUCGAUGGGGGAUAACAUAUUCUACCACAUCCCUUACUCCACGAAGUACCCGUUCCACAGAAAAGACGUUUACUAUUCCAAUAACUGAUGUGACAGAGAACAUCAUGAAAGAUCUCGAUGAUGUCAUGAAGACAACAAAGAUCAUUAUAGGGUGCUUUGUGGCCAUCACAUUUAUGGCAGCUGUUAUGUUAAUUGCAUUUUACAAACUUCGUAAACAGCACCAGCUACACAAACAUCAUGGGCCAACACGAACUAUUGAAAUUAUCAAUGUGGAAGAUGAAAUACCAGCGACAGCCCCGGGAGACAACCACAUGGCACUCCCAGCUAUUGAGCAUGACCACCUUAACCAUUAUACAGCAUUUAAAUCCCAUUAUAACAACAAUACAGGAACACUUAACUGUGCCAAAAACCCCAUGCUCAACUCCAUUCAUGAACCCCUUCUGUUCAAAAGCAGCUCAAAGGAAAAUGUACAAGAAACACAAAUUUAAGGUUACUCAUAAAAGUUUGUUAAAAACUAAUUUUUUUCCCAGAGUAUGAGAAUGGAGAAUACCGAACUAACAACCCAAUGAUGACAAUAUCUCUGGGUUAAUAUUCACACGAUACUCAUCUUCCUGUUUCCAAAAACCCAUUCAAUGAGAGGUGACCCAAAUGAAGCACUGACACAAAACGAAACGAAGACUCUUUUGAUAACUUUAAAGGGAAAAUUCACUCUCUGACUACCUGAUGUAUUACUAAAAAAGAAAAAAGAAAAAAAAACACGCCGAAAGAGAAAAAGUUCCGAAAAGAAAAAAAAAGUAUGAAAAUUGCUUAUUUUGUGGUACAGCUCUUUAUGUGUAAAUUCUAUUUCAGAUCUAUUUUCAUCAAAGAUGUUGAGGACAGGAAAAUCAUUCAAGAGAUUUCCGAAAAGUUUUUCUUUCUUUUUUUUUUAUGUCACUAAGGAGUCUCUGUUGAAUCAUCCUGGUCUGUGACAACGGUGACUUCAUUUUUCAUGUAGAAAAAAAUACAAAUAGUUUUUUUUUUUUCCAUUCACUCAUUACCAUGGGUGCCUGCUAUGACAGAGAAAAAGUGACGUGGCACAGGCCCCAGUGAUUGUACGAUGGUUUCUUUGUAAUAGCUUGGAUGAUGUGUAACAAAGUCGGAACUGAGUAUUGUGGGAAGGAAUUGUGGGGAAAGUUGUUCCUUGCCACUUGAUAUCACCAUCCUUCUCGGUGGGUUUUCAUUAUGCUUUUUUAAAAAAAAAAAAAAAAAAGAAAAUAACAAAAUAUCAAAAAAGGUGUUUACAACCUUGAAGAGAACUUUAUUUUCAAAGGUACUGUGCCAUAUAACCCUUUACAGAUGUGCCAAUUAUCUUCAGAACUUUACAUAAAAUGAAAACUGUAUGAAAAAAAACGAAAAAAAACAGUUUUUACUAAAUAUUUUUGUUUUCGGGAAAGGAACACGGAGAACCUUACGAUUUUGAAACUUCUGCCACAGGAAUAUUUAGGCCAGUUAUUUUGUCUGGAUUUCUAUCAAAAAAAGUGUAAGGUGUGUGAAAUAAUGAAGUUGAUAUGAACUUUUUAAGUCCUCCCUCCUUUUUUUUUUUCUUGGGUGGGUGAUUAGUUGCUUUGUUUUUUUUGGUUUUUGUUUUUUUUAUGUUUUGAAGAUUUUGAUUGGGUGGGAAAUGUAUUCUUGUUAUAAGAACAGAAGAGAUUAUAAUAUGUCUGUGGCUCUUUAUUGAGACAGAAAGUUACAAGCUAAGUUGGUGACAUUGCCAAGAGUCUGCAACAAAAAUAUAAUAAAAAUAAUGAAAAGAC